AUGAAAAAAACAGAGAUUGUACUAUUAGCAAUACAAAUAUUCUUUGUUACGUCAUGUUCCAGUGAAUUAUUUUCUGCCAUCGACGACUUGGCGAAACAAAUCGAGAAAGAAGAGAUUCUUAUGGGAAUUUUAAAUGAUAUGUCUUUUGAAACAAAUGACGAUUACGUGUCAAGAAAAUGGUAUGAAUGGACUGAGGAACAUGCUUUCAUUAAGAGAAAUGUACAAAAAUAUAUCGCAAAUCCGCUCAAUGCAUUCUUGAUCAUCAAACGUGGAACAGCAGAAAUUGGUCUUAUAGAAAAACGUCAUCCAGAUGUGUUUGAAGUAUAUAAAGAAAGAAUUUCUAAACUUAGACCAUCGAAAGCAGAUUUAAGAGGUGCUGUUGAAGGUUUGCUUCGACUGCAACAUAUCUACAAGUUCCAUACUUAUGAUUUUUAUGAAGGAAUUAUUGGCGAUGAGUUAACAAGACCAGCAUUAACACCACAUGAUUUGUUCGUUAUCGGGAUGGAAGCCUACGACAUUCAAGAUUAUUUUUUUGCUAUGGAAUAUCUCCACUUGACUCGAGAACUUUUAGGAAAGAAAAGAGAUAAUUACAAAGAAGUUGAUGAAGUUCUUCUUUACACAACAUUAGCAUCUGGUUAUAAUCAAACUGGAUUUUUUGAAGGUGCAAUCGAUAUGAUUCUAGAAAUGGAACCUAACAAAAAAGUAAUUUCUGAACAAACAAGGCAACAUAUUGAUGUGUUGUUAAAUUCUUAUUGGGAUUUAUAUAAUAUGUAUAAUCAUAGUCUAAUUAUUGAUUACGACGCUUACUUAGAUGACUACGGAGAUAAGAUUGUUUAUAAUAUAGAACACGAAGAUAUUCUUAUGAGUCGAGCUUGUCGGGGAAAUUUAACGAAAAGUCCAAUCGAAUUAUCAUUGCUUAAAUGUCGAUAUGUUUCAAACAGUCCAUUCUCAUCAAUAGCACCUUUUAAAGUUGAAGAAGCCAAUCUUGAUCCUUAUGUAGCACUUUAUAUUGACGUUCUUUAUAACAAUGAAAUUGAGUAUUUAAUGAACGAGUUGAAACCAAAACUUGAACGAGCAGAGAUGAUCGGCAUUGAUGGUGAACGAAUCACGUCGAAUGCAAGAGUGGCGAAGAAUGCAUGGCUUUAUAAUGAUACAGAUGAAAUUCCCAUGAGAAUCGAUAGAAGAAUUGAGGAUAUGACUGGACUUACCCAAUCAACAUCUGAAAAGUUACAAGUUUCAAAUUAUGGGAUUGCUGGUCAUUAUAAUCUACAUUGGGAUCAUUCAACGAAAAAUGAAGCAGAAUUCGAUGGUGGAACUGGGAAUAGAAUCGCCACAAUGAUGUUUUAUAUGUCAGAUGUUUUGAUAGGCGGUGAAACAGUUUUUCCAUAUUUGAAACUUCGCAUCACUCCAGAUAAGCGAACAGCAGUGUUUUGGUAUAAUCUUGAUCAUUCUGGUCAGGGAAUUAGUGUGACUAGACAUGCUGCCUGCCCGGUUGCGUUAGGAAGCAAAUGGGUACUUAAUCGAUGGAUUCGUGAGAGAGGUCAAGAGUUUCGUCGACCAUGUCUUCCUGGAAAAUACAAAGAAAUUGAUGAUGAAUUACUCCCUAAUGAAAUGUUUUGA